AUGGGCAGCAAUAGUUAUCCACUCCACCCAAGUGGCACAGUGGAGGACAGUUGGGGCUGUGUCUACAUGGUCUUGCUAAGGGGAUUGGCUGCAUGGCCCUUCAAUCAACAUGGCUGUCAAAAAAGAUCACAGCUGGAUUUGGCCUGGCCCAUCCAGUUGUCAGGGGCGACUUGUGAUACACUGCCCUUUCUUGCAACAUUUGCUCCUGAGUGCUGCGAUGCCCAAUCAGCGCAGCUGACAUGUACCCUUUUUAUUUGUGGUGGUGAUGAGAUAAAUGGGAACAAUCUCUCUUUAUUUUUGGCCAGGUCUUUUGCUUCCCUGGAAUCCCUGGGGCUCUGCUCCCUUCUCCUCCCCUUAGAUACGUUUGCUUUUCGGUCUUGGGACCAGAGCGAUAGCAAGACAAGUCCACCUUCUUGUUUUGAUAUCCGUUGGACUUUUGAGAUCAAAAUAAUAGUAAUCCUGGACCUUGUUUUACGAAGCGAAUGUGUUCAUGCAAGUCUUUCUUUUCUUUUCUUUUUUAACAGCCAUUGGGAGAGAAGUGGAGGUAAUAUUUGA